AUGGCUCCACUGAGAGACUGGGUGGCCUCUGGGCUUUUGGGCCUCAUCUUUUCGAUCACUGCUGCUGUUGCUGAGGAUUGCGUCAACGCCCCAAGCACCAGGGAUUGUUGGACAAAGGGCUUCGACAUCUCGACCGACUAUACCGAUGCUACACAAGUUCCUCCUGGGAAGCUUGUUGAGUACGACCUUACCGUGACUGAAGAAACUAUUAGCCCAGACGGCUACGAGAGAUUAGGAACUGUGUUCAAUGGACAAUACCCUGGGCCGGCUAUUGAGGCAAACUGGGGUGACACGCUCAGGAUUACCGUCCAUAAUAAUCUGACUAAUGGAAAUGGAACCGCGGUUCAUUGGCAUGGGAUACGGCUAUUUGAGGCCAACUACAUUGACGGUGUUCCGGGCGUCACGCAAUGUCCUAUUCCGCCAGGAGAAUCUCAAGUCUACGAAUUUCAAUUGACUCAGUACGGGACGUCUUGGUAUCACUCGCAUUUUAGCCUUCAGUAUAGCAAUGGGCUCUAUGGCCCGCUAGUCAUCCAUGGGCCAUCCAGUGCGAACUGGGAUAUUGACUUGGGUCCAUGGCUUCUGACUGAUUGGUAUCAUGAAGAUGCCUUCACGUUGAAUUGGAUCUCACUCGCGGGUGCAUUGGCACCCAUUCCCACAUCUACUGUUCUCAAUGGCAAGGGUGUCUACGACUGUAGCCCGGAGGAUGACAGUCUUUGUACCGGAAAGGCAGAGUAUUUCGAAACAACCUUCACCAAGGGCACCAAAUAUAAAAUUGGACUGAUAAACACCGCAACUUUACUUACCUACACGUUCUGGAUCGAUGGCCACAACUUUACGGUCAUUGAAACUGAUUUUGUCCCCGUGGAACCAUAUGUCACAAAUGUGCUGAACGUUGGUAUGGGACAACGGUACGAGAUUAUCAUUGAAGCAAAUGCGGAUUUCUCACACGGGUCCAACUUCUGGAUGCAUGCACAAUAUUGUGGCGCGCCCGCUGUCAUAGAGAACAACAAGGUUGGUAUUGUUCGAUACGACAAAAAUAACUCGAGUGACCCUUACACGCCACCAGCGAGCGAGCAGUUUCUGGACCUUGGGUGCGCGGAUCCCAGCCCCAGCAACCUUGUCCCUGUGGUCAAGAAGAAUGUGAACAAGGGAAAAAUUCCAACCCCAUGGGAAUCGGACCCCCGCGUUCAUUUAUGGACCAUCAAAAACACGGCGAUGUAUGUAGACUGGGAACUUCCGAGUCUCCAGAAACUUACUUCCGACGACACUAUAUUCCCUCCUGAAAGGGUCCCUGUUUACCUCGACUUCGACACCGGCGAAUGGGUUUACUUCCUCCUAACCAGCAACUAUACCAUGGAUGAGGUUAUAACGCCUCGAAACUUGACACCGUCAGUCCAUCCGAUCCAUCUUCACGGACACGACUUUGCAAUCCUAGCACAAGGCGAUGGCGAGUUCACAUCAGAUGUCACUCCAACUCUCAUCAAUCCUCCUCGUCGGGAUGUUGUCGAUGUCCCCAUCGGUGGCUAUGCUUGGAUUGCUUUCGAGAUCGACAAUCCCGGCGCAUGGUUACUUCACUGUCACCUUCAGUAUCACGCCUCUGAGGGAAUGGCGUUGCAAUUUAUCGAACAGCCGAGUAAGAUUGCAGGACUCCUGAGCGACGCAGGCGUUUCGAGCGAGCUGUCCGACCGAUGUACCGCAUGGAAGGAUUGGUAUAGCGUAUCGAACAAAACCCAAGAUGACUCGGGUAUCUAA